AUGGAUAUAAUGAAUGUUUUGUCAUUGAGCGCUAAGAUUUUUGUUGAUAGUGGUGCAGGAGAAACAAUGCACUUGCCAUAUUGCAUCAAGUAUAGAUUUUUCUUAUUAACGCUUUGCAUUUGUUUCAAUUUAUUCACGCUUCUAAUCUGUUCCGAUUCAUUUAUAGUUUAUGAGGUGGUAAUGCUUGAAAAUUUUCUUAUAAAUAUACUAACUUUGUGCCCGUAUCUUUCUCGCGUGUCUCAGGCAGCCCAAGGCCAAAGAGGUGGUAAAAAUACCAAUCAGAAUAGACAACCAUGUAAAAGGCUUCGACAAACUUUAAAGGUUUGUUUGGUUGUUGAUGUCGAUCUUUCAACAAUUAUCUGUUUACAUUUGACGAAAAAAGUCCAUCCUGACAUGAAGGUGAUUUGUGCAGCUAUUGCGAGAGCCUGGCACCAAUGUGAUAGGGUCCCUUUAUUAGUAGUGAAAUUUUAUAUAGAUAAAGGUGCUGCAAAUCCACCAAAAUUUGGUGCUUGUGGAAUGUGCAUCGCUCAACUAGACAAGGAUGAUAAAUUUGUUCGUGCAAUUCCGGCUCAUUUUCACUUAGUGCAGCUUAAGAAGGCAAAAUGUUGUUUGUGGUCAGAUGAAUGA